CCAUCCAUCCAUCAGGGGGAUUCUUGAUGGACGCCCAAAUGCAGCAGAGCUUAACCCUCAUCCCCUCCUCUGUGAACACACACACAACAGAUGUACCACUCUCAUCACUUUUCUGCACUCAUGAGCAUCCCUGUCGAUACGGAGGAGGGAGCCACUGGGUAAAUGAAGGGGAGGGAGGGGAAGAGGGGAUGAUGGGAGAGAGGAGAUGCUGGGGAGGGAGGGAGGGAGGGAGGGAGGAUGGACGAGCAUCACAAGCCUCCGUCAGAUGGGCUGGAGGCUCUUUGGAGCAACAGAUAGCAGAGUGGCAGACACAAGAAGAAGAGAGAAGAGGAGAGACCAGGGGGGGAUUGCUCUUCUCUUUCCAUCCCUCCAUCUCUACAACACACGACUCUCCCCUCGCCCUUUCUCCUCCUCCCACCUGACACGGGGAUCCCCCCAACUUUGAGGCUUUUUCGUCUUCCUCCUUCUUUGCUUUGCUCUCGAGCUUGGCGCACGGCUUUGCGACUCAAACCGCGGCACCGCAGGCAGGAGAUACCGGACGGACUGCGGAGAUGCGGGGAUUGCUCCCUGCGUCCUCCCACCACCACCACCACCACCACCACCACCGAGGACGCGCAGGUUUAGUGAUAUCUUCGUGUGAGUGUGUGCGGGAGCGCUGGGGCGCGCGUGCGUGUGUCCGUGCGGCGCACAGAUGGAGCUGUGCGCUCCGAGUGUGAGCGUGGCCGCGCUCCUCCCGGACAACUGCUGCCGCUGCAGCGCCUCGCUGAUGUGAAGACGAAGAAAGUCCAAACCUCCGCCAACAUGUGACAUUGUUUUUCUCCAUAAUUACAGAGGGGUCAAGCGCCAAAAAGAGACGGUGUUUUCGGUGUGUGACCCCCCCACCUCCCUCCCCUACUCCUCCUCCUUUUCUUCUUCAGAGUGAAUUCAGGAUGGGUCCUGUUUGGCUUCUUCUUCUGUUCCCAUUACUCGUCAGAGCGCAGGUGACUUCAGACCUCGCAUCAGGAGUCACUGUUGAGGCAGACAACAGCACAGACUCCUUAACAAACAGCACGGGAACCUCAGACAUCUCCACCAGCCCCUCCGGUUCCUUCAGACCCCCAGAGCCUUCUGGGUUUGCAGUGACGCCUUCGCAAGCUCCCACAGAGGAAGAAGAUGACUGGUCACCAGCAGAGACCUUCAUGUACACCGGAGACCCCUCCACUCUGGAAGUGGCCCACUGCUCACGGGCGUACAGCCCACCGGGGCAGACCGGAUCCCUGCCCUUCAGCUUCAGGGCCCCCCUCCGGCCGGCUCUGGACGCGCUGGCCAACACUGCCAACUUCCUCAACAUGAUCUUCCAGGCCAGUGACCUGCGGGAGAGCACCGUGGAGGAGGAUAUGGAGUGGUACCACGCCCUGGUCCGCGCCCUCCUGGAGGCCGACGUGCUCAUCCAGCGGGCCCUGCUCACCUUCGACCCUGACCCGACUGCCCUGGUGCCGCAGCUGGUGCUCCGUGCCUCCCGAAACCCGACGGCCAAGGUGCAGACCAUCAUCCUCCAGGACUUAUCCAAGGCCUGGGAGAGCGUGCACCCGCCCGCCCCAGCCCCAGACGACAGCUGGUUCAGAAGCUUUAAAUUCCCAGAGUCCACCAAGCCGACGGCAGCCCUGUCCAAGCGGGUGCUCCUCAACGACCUCAGCACCUUGGACACGCCCAAGUGGAGGCAGGGCGACAGCUAUGUGACCAAUCGCAGCGGGGUGCGCUGGGCCGGCGCCCCCUUCCUAGACUGUAAGGAUGGAUGCUUUGUGCCCGGCUGGAUGCUCACCCUGUCCACGUCCUUCUACGGCCUCAAGCCUGACCUGACACCAGAGUUCAGAGGUGUGAUCCGUGUGGACGUCAACAUUCAAGACAUCGACUUGGACCAGUGUGCAACAGGAGACGGCUGGUUUGCUGACACCCACCAGUGCAACCGCACCACCAUGGAGUGCGUACCGAUUCCAGGCCGGGGUUUUCGACUGGGCCAGUACUGCUGCCGCUGUAAAGAAGGUUUCUACAACCCUGAGAUAGGUGUAGAUGCAGAUGGUGGCCCUGUGAACGGGAGUGACAGCGGCGGUAUGUGUUACCCGAACAUGCCCAUCUGUCUCCCGUGCUGGCCGGGCUGUAAGAGCUGUCAGGAUGGCACCCCCUGCUGGGUGCAGGAGGCCUGGCUUCUCAGGGCUGCCGUGCUGGCUGUCCAGGGCAUUUUCAUGCUCCUCAUCUUCGUCAGCAUGCUGGUGGCCUACAGGCAUCGUCGAAACCGGAGGAUCCGGGCGUCCGGCCUCCUGCUGCUGGAGACGAUCUUGUUCGGCUCCCUGCUCCUCUACUUCCCGGUCUUCAUCAUGUACUUCAAGCCGAGUACGUUCAGGUGUAUUCUGCUCCGCUGGGUCCGGAUGCUCGGCUUCUCCAUCGUCUACGGCACAGUCACACUGAAAAUGUACAGGGUGCUGAAGGUGUUCCUCUCACGCACGGCCCAGAGAGUGCCCUACAUGUCCAGCCUCCACCUGCUGAGGAUUCUGGGGGUGAUGCUGAUGACGGUCAGCUGGUUCCUGUGUGCGUGGACGGUGGGUGUCCUCCAGAACCGCGACAGGAACAUCCCGGUGUUCAUCACAACCACCACGUCAGACGGGCAGGGGUUCAACCUGUGUUACCUGGACCGCUGGGACUACAUGAUGGCUGUGGCUGAGCUUCUGUUCCUGUGCUGGGGCAGCUCCCUGUGGACCACCGUCAGGCCGGUCCCCUCAGCCUUCCACGAGCCUCGCUACAUGGGCAUUGCCAUCCACAACGAGCUGCUUCUCUCCACCAUGUUUCACCUGUUCCGGUUCACCUUUCCCUCUCUCCAUCCUGAUUGGAUGUUGCUGCUCUCCUUCACACACACCCAUGUGACCAUCACUGUGACACUCGCCCUGCUUUUCAUUCCCAAGUUUCUUCAUGUGUCUAAGCCUGGGAGAGAGGAGAUUGCAGCAGAGGUGUAUGAAGAUGAAGUGGACCUUCGGCGCUCCGGCUCGUACCUCAACAGCAGUUUUCACUCUGCUUGGAGUGAGAACAGUGUGGACCCGGAUGACUUUCGGGAUGAACUGAAGAAGUUAUAUGCCCAGUUAGAAGUCCACAAGACCAAGAAGAUGACCGCAAACAACCCUCAUCUGUCAAAGAAGCGUAGUUCUCGAUGUGCAUUUGGGAGAUCCAUUAUUAGACGCAUUGCUGAGAUCCCAGAAACCAUGAGCCGACAGUGCAGCCGCGAGGAGAAAGAUGGAUCCUUCCACAGUAGGAGUGGGAGUAGAAGUGCAAAUCAGCAGUCUUUCAGGAGGGCCCCAGACACUGUCAGUAUUAGUUACAAAAGCUCAAUGAAAUCACCAUCCAUGCGCAAGUCCCAAAGUGAUCAUCACUCUGUCAGGGGAAGAGACUCUUCCUUGCAUGACUCCAUGUUAAAGGCCAAUGCUGUGAAGAGAUCUUCCCGGAAAUCUGAGACAGAUUCCUUGGAUAUUCCACCAGUGGUCUGUAAAUCAGCGAGUGCCCAAAAUCUGACGAUUGAUAUCAAUUUCCUGCAUCCUGAUCACACCAGGCUUCAUAAGUCCUGGAGUCUAACCUCCACUACCGCCCAUUCUAUGGAGAACAUACCAAAGGUUAACAGAACCAGCACAGUGCUGACAAGGUCAAGGCAGAGCAUUUCCAUUAGUGACCAGACCAGAAGUGCUCUCCAGUCAGAGUCAUUUGACAAGACUGAGGUCUGUCCUUGGGAUGUAGAGAAAGAACAAUCAGCGGACAAGAACCAGAAGCAUGUCACCUACGCAAACUCUGAGGAUGGUGAGGAAAAAAGGCCACCAUCUCCACAGGCACUUAUCUGUCCCUGGGACCAUUUACCACGUGUAGAAAAUAAUCCUUCAGAGGACAAGGGAAUACAAGGUGAAACUGAGUCCCCCAAACCACAGGUCCUUGUGUCUGCAAGUGCACCAGGCACUCCAAGACCAAAGUUCACAAAAGAUCAACGUGUCUUCUCCUUCCGCACCACCACCAGUACGUGGCUCUCUGUGAAAUCCAUUAUGGGAUCCAUGGAUGCGGGAAGCAAGUCCAGUAAGGAUGGAAGUUUACAUAAAGAGGAUUCUGUUUCACAAAAAAGUCAGGAAAGUGCUUCCACAACACCAAGAUCACGGACAUCUAGUAGACGUCCAAGCAUGGAAAAGAGGUCACUGCAGAAAAGAAGUAUGACAACGGAUGGAAAACCAUGCCUUGUGAAGCAGAAUGCUAUCAGACUGUCCUCUGGGGAUUCUUCGGACAGAAGCCCAAGAAGGCUUAUGAUCGUAAAAUCUGCCGUCUACCCUUGGGACACGGAUGAUAUGCAAAAAGAUGGCACUUGUGAAAAUGUGUUUUUAUCAAGGCAGAACAGCAAACGUAGUAGUAUAAGUUCUUGGGAAACUGCCAGCAGCUGUAGAACUCCUUCAACUCACAGAAGAGGUAGUAAUCGAAUUACACCAGUCCGUAAUAUUUCCUAUGCAGAUGUGUGUCCAUGGGAUGGAACUGGUACUUUCCAGGAAGGAGAGGGACCAAAGAAGCAGCAGAGCAUUAAAGCAGACGUCUGCCCUUGGGAAUCGCAGGUAUCUGAACCAUGUAAUGUAUGUCCAUGGGAAUCUCAAGAGCAAGGGUCUGCAAGAAGACAAGGAAGCGGUCGUGGUGACGCGAGGCCACGGGAAUCUCAAGAGCAAGGGAAUGCAAGAAGACAAGGAAGUGGUCGUGAUGUUGCGAGUCCACGGGAAUCUCAAGAGCAAGGGAAUGCAAGAAGACAAGGAAGUGGUCGUGAUGUUGCGAGUCCACGGGACUCUCAAGAGCAAGGCAAUGUGAGAAGACAAGGAAGUGCCCAUGGUAAUGUGUGUCCUUGGGAAUCGCAGGAUAUUCCCAUUAUUUAUUAUACUAACCUGUCCAGAGAUUCACAGACACAACAGUCUUUGAAACGUGCAGCAGACAUAUGUCCCUGGGAGACUUCAGAAACUCCCCAACCUUCAAUAAAGCAAGAUAAUGAAUAUGCUAAUGUUUGUCCUUGGGAUGUUCAGGACAAGGCUGAUGUUGUAUAUGAAAAUCUAAAUCCUUUGGAGACCAAGGGAACGCUGGCAGUGCCCCUUCAACAAGAAGUUAUGAAACAUGCCGUCCAUCCCAGUGCAUCAAAAGAAAGUUUAAGUAAUGAGCAACAAUACCAAGUAAAAUCACCUGCCCUGCAUGUGGGCAGACAAGUGACCAAGACAACAGAAAGUUGUCCAUGGGAUUUCCCUGAUCCCCCUAAAAUCAUGGAAAACAUUUGUCCAUGGGAAGAGAGGGACACAGAGCCAACAAAUACAGACUCAACUUCACAAAUGACCAUUAAGGUAGAUAUUUGUCCCUGGGAGACUGGACAUCAGGACAAACCAGAAGACUCACAAAAAAGACUCUCGUCUUUGAAGGCUGCUUCCGUACAGACUGAAGGGAAAGACAGCCCAAGAGUAAACGUAUGUCCCUGGGAAACUGAGCCCCCUGAAAAAACUUCAGCUACCAAGAUGGUGUCACAAGGACUGGAAAGACCGGCAGAUGUUUGUCCAUGGGAUAGUAGCAAACCAGAAUCAGGAAAGCCAGAGACCCCAAAAACAUCAGAGAGUCAUAUAAGGCAAGACACAGCUCAUGCAAAUGUUUGUCCAUGGGAUACAGAGGAAGCAAGGGCAGUCAAAACUGAAGUAUCAAAAGCAUCAGAGAAAACACAAGAAAAUCCCAAACAAGAUGUUUGUCCAUGGGAAACAGAAGCCCCAAAAGUUUUGAAAAAGCAAGAUAGUGCACUGGCAGAUGUUUGUCCAUGGGAAACAGAAUCCCCAAAAGUUCUGAAAAAGCAAGAUGGUGCACUGGCAGAUGUUUGUCCAUGGGAAACAGAAGCCCCAAAAGUUCUGAAAAAGCAAGAUAGUGCACUGGCAGAUGUUUGUCCAUGGGAAACAGAAGAGCCAAGAGUUCUCAAAAAGCAAGAUAGUGCACUGGCAGAUGUUUGUCCAUGGGAAACAGAAGAGCCAGGAGUUGUCAAAAGGCAAGACAGCACUGGAGCAGACAUUUGUCCCUGGGAAUCUAAGGAUCCACAAACCUCAACCGAAAACAAAGUUGAUAUUCCCAACAGUGACAAAGAUGACAUCACAGAGAACCAGGGGCCACUCAUUGUUGAAGAGACAACGGCAGAUAUCAGCACAGAGCAGAUAGAUGAGUCUAAAGAAAACUUAGCCCUGGGCCGGCGUGAUGCUUUGUGUCCCUGGGAUAUGGUAAGGAGCAGAUCUGGUUCAUUCACAGACAAUGCCUCUGAUGUUUUUACAUGGGAGUCUGAGAAUAUUCCUGAAGAAGAUGAAGAGGACGAUGCAGAAUGUGCUGCUGAAGCUCUUGUAUUCCCACCUGAUUUGUGACCUAAAUCUAGCCAGCAUUUGCUUUGACUUUUGACCCCUCUCACUAAAACAAGGGGAAUGUGAACUCUAUCAAACCAUUUUGGUGGUACCGUGUUGAAGGGGAACUUUGUUUUUAACUUCCCCAGCUCCACAGGGAGGUCAGAGUGCAGGGUCAGCUCACGAACACCUCUCCUGCAGCUGGCAAAGAUGAGAGCCCUUUCUGUUGGACAAUUACUUGGGCUACUCAAAGACAGAACUUGUUAUUUCAGGUUGGACUAUCCACUUGGGCCAUGCUGCUGUCUGACUAAGAAGCCUGUAGUAGAUACUUGAUGAGCUGGACACAAUAGGUUGUGCAAACCUGACUUAAAAUACAUUUUCUUUUAACUGGAGCACAUAUUGCAUACUCAUUAUGUCCCUAAUCAAUCCAACUACAGACAGACAUUUCUUGGCUGAUGGAAGGGCAUCUAUGGCAUUUAGAUGAAGUCCCUUUUCUUCCUGCUUCUACCCCCCAUUUUAAAUUAAAAUGUUUUUGUGUCUUUGUAUGUUUUUAGGUGAUACAUUCACAUAUUUGCCAUGUAUGUACAGUAUGUUGGACCCAUGGCUGGGGUGAAUGAUGUUACAAAACCUGAACUUAACAAGUCCACAGUGCUCGCAAUCACACAUAUAGCACAGGAAACUAACAGAUAGAACACUAAGCUUAAUUAGCAUACACCAGAUAAAUUCAGUCUAACUUUGUUCUUUUGUGGAAAUGAUAUUUUCAAAGUAGAAGAAAGUGUUAAGUGUAAAACAGUGCCGCUAGAACUACAAUGGAUGUCAAAUUACAUUUCUUUUUCAAUCAAGUAUUAAUGAUUGAUAAAACUAUGCAUACCUGUUUGCUUAAGUGACUGAUUUCAUGACUAAAGGCCAAUGAUUAAUAUAACUCUCUCACUUUUGAUUCAGUCAUAAUUAUGGGAAAAAUAACAUUCCACCACUUAAAGUAACUAUGCCAAAAAUUGCAUAAAUCACCAUAAACUGGAGUGAAAAGCUGUAUAAUCCUUUUAUAUCUGAGCAUUUAGAAAGUGAUGUCAAUGCCUUUUAUGUGGAUGCAGUGCACUGGACACCAGUUUCAUUAAGAUGGGACAACGAGAUUAAACAUUAAAAACAUGCUGUGAAAAAUCCAUUCUUUUUAAAUGUUUGGUAAAUCAAUUUGUACCGGACAUUUAUGUUGCAGCUAACCUGACCUGCUUCCAGAUUUACUCAAUCUAAGUGCUGCAAAUAAUGUGAAUUAUGGAGGUGAGGCCUCAGUUUCAAUGAAAAUGGGGCUGCUCCUAUCUAUUGAAUAAUUGCUAGUUAAGGUUUUGGUCAACUACAAAAGUUUUGGUCAGGGUUCUUUAUCCAGAUAAUGAUAUUAGUAAUUAUAGUCAUUGCUGAAAAAAGUCACAUCUUUGGCACCACAUUAAUAUUCAUAAAUAUUCUAUGAAGUCUUUGAAAGGAACUAGAUUAUAAGAGAUUCUUCUGCAUGAAUCCAUUGAUAUGCAGACAACCGGUAAUACUAGAGAAAUAAUGAGACCAAUUUUUAUAUUCAAUCAACUUAUGGAUUAGUCAAAGAUGUCUUAUGACUAUUAGAUGUCUUUAUUAUUAGCUAAUCAUUUCUUUACAUCAAGUGUGGCCCUACAUUUCAUGUCUGACAUUAGUGAGUACUAUUAUAAAAAGUUCAGACUCAUUACUCUUGAGUUUCAGAUACAAACGAUUGCAACGUUUUAAAAGCAGUAUUAUGUUGGAAAACGUUUUACGGUGAAUAAAACUUACAAUAUUAAUAGUUUUCUGUAUUGAUGUAAUUAAGUCACAUGUCUAUGCCAGAAAUCUGUCUGUGAAAUCAGGUGUCAGUUUUUCAGCAUUUCUGCUAGUUUUUAAUUCAGUGAUCUUAUUGUUAAACACUGCGCCAAGUUUUUUGCCAAUGGAGUGACCUAGUUUUGUGAGCAGUGUUGCAUGUUAGUGUGUUUUUGAAUGAGCGUUCUGUAAUUUGUUGUCACGUAAAAAAAAAAUCUAAUAUUGUUGUAACACAUUCCUUGAUUUGCAUAGAGAAACAGCCUAUGUUUUGUUUUCAAUUUUAUAUGCAAUAUCUUCUAUGAAAGAUUAUUCUGAUAAAGAAAAAUCCUCUGAAAUCUACUGGUGUAAAGAGAAGCAGAUGGGACACUUUAUUUUUGUAUUUCCUGAGGUCAACAUGCAGCAUAUUCAUCAGAGAAAUAAACCAUACCAUUUCUGGA